AUGAUGGUGCAAGGCGAGAAUGCUUCGACGAACCGAUCUACAACGCCGGCGGUGUCAAGCAUUGCCCACGUCAUGUUUGGCAACAUGACUGCUCACACGAUGGCGACCGUGAGCCGCGUGAUCCCCCAGCGGGAACUCUUUCCCUUCUCAAACGACUACACACUACUCCAGCUGACGGCAUCUCUCACCACGAUUCAACCCGUCGCGCUGGUGGGGGACGCUGGCUGCCCUGCACUCCCACCUUCAGGACGAGCUUCGACGCUGAACGUGUCGUGCGUACAAUUCGCCGUACCGGACUAUGUGUCGGCGCCCGUUGCCCAAACGUCUUGUCCAUUGAACAUAUCGACGGCGCAGACGGCUACCCACGGAUGUGACACGUCCGUCCGAGGGAGCGACGGCGCCCCACUCGUCGUUGCUGGCUCGUCAUGCCUCGUUGCUCUGCAUUUGCCAGGGCCAAGGGAAGCCCUCGAAUUGCACGCGAACUCGACCACUGACUUCGUUGUGACGACGUGGACACCCGAAAACGCCAACAUCGCGCUCGUCGUGGCAAACGACCUCCGAAAGCACAUCCAACAGCUCGUCGCGCCGGCUUCUGCGAUCGUUGAAAGCACUGCUGUCCAAGACGAUUCUCAUUCGCUCGUCGUCGUGUACACUUGCAUUGGUGUGAUGGGGAUUGUGUUCGUCGUGCUGGGAUUGCUCAUGCUUCGGCCGCGCUACGUCAACGUCCACUGCCUGCCAACACCUUCCACCAACCACUCGAGUCACAGCCAGCACCGCGAGCAUUUGGAACUAAGGGCUGCCAAUGAUAAAUAG